GUUAUUUCACAAGCUACCUCUUCUCACUCACCCUCGGGGCUCCAGGGCAGAGAGCUCAGAAGACAGACAGCUGCCUCCAGGCUCUCCUGGGCCACGCUAUGGCCAAGACCCCCAGUGACCAUCUGCUCUAUUCCCUGGAAGAGUUGGUGCCCUAUGACUUUGAGAAGUUCAAGUUCAAGCUACAGAACACCAGCCUGGAGAAGGAGCACUCCCGGAUCCCCCGGGGCCAACUCCAAACAGCCCAGCCAGUGAAGCUGGCCGUGCUGCUGGUCACCCACUAUGGGGAGGACUAUGCUGUGCAACUGACCCUACAGGUCCUGAGGGCCAUCAACCAGCAUCUCCUGGCAGAGGAGCUCCACAGGGCAAUCAGCCCAGAAUAUCAGAUACAAGAAAAUGACACAGACAGUUCAGCAACAUCAUAUUCCUCUAGGGAGAUUAAGCCCAAAAGCCUGAAGAUACUGGAUGGCCUGGAAGGUGACAAGCAGCGACAGAGCAGUGACGGGGCUGGCUGCCCACCAUCCAUGCAGCCUGAGGCUGGCAAGGGGCCCCAGAAGAAGCCACAGGUCAAACGGAGAGAUCAGAAAGGCCCUGAGGGCCCGGAUGCGCAGAGCAAGCCAGGGGCCCGGAACAUGACCACGUCUUCCAAGAGAAGCCCACUCCCUAGCAAGCACCAGGGGGAGAGGGGGAGCAAGCCCGGUGUCAGCCUCCGCAGGAAUGCCAGCUCUGCUGGAAGGCUCCAGGGCCUGGCCGGGGGCUCGCUGGCUGGGUCCCUGGGAAGGAGAGAAUUUAAGAUCUCUGAAGCCUAUUUACCCACAGGAAAGAAGCGACCCAAAAGUCUUGAACUGACCAUUUCUCCCGGAGAGAUAGAAUCCCUUCAUCCAGAAACGCUUCUGCUUCAAGAGAAAAUGGGAAGUGAGAAUCCAGGCUCAGCAGCCACCCCCAGUGAGAUGGCCACUCUGAAUGUGUGUGCUCCUGUGGCUCCAGAGAAAGGCUCCAGGAAUCUGGAACAUUCCAUGACCCUGCAGGGGGGCGCACUCAGGAAUACACUGUCCAACGUAUCGUUGGCUGCAAAGAAGAAGACGUGGGAGCACCCAGAAUCCACGGCACCUCCAGAGAAGAAAGGAACUGAGGCUCCAGAGAGCUCCAGGACUGUGGAGGAGGUGGCAGGCGGUGUGCUCCAUGUACCUUCAAAUCCGAAAGGCCCUCUGUCUUCAGGGAGGCUGCAGAACGAGGCUGUGUGUCCCCUUUGCUGCACCCAGCAAGCAGAUCCAGUCGGUGGCAGCUGUGCACACAAUUCCUGCAGCUUCUCCGUUGCUCCUGAGGCCUCCCGCGGCCGCUCACCCAGCUGCCUUGGGUACCAGGACAUGUUCCCGGGGAAGAGCUGUGGCAGCCACGAGCAGCAGGUGGGCCUGCAGAUGGGAAGCCUGAGCCCCAAGUCCCUGCCACAGUGUGAGCGUCACAAGCAGCAAGUCCAGCUGCUCUUCUGUGAGGACCAUGGGGAACCCAUCUGCCUCAUGUGCGGGCUAAGUCAGGAGCACCGAGGCCACCGGGUGCGCCCCAUUGAGGAGGCCGCCCUGGAAUACAAGGAGGAAAUUCAGAAGCAACUAGAGCAUCUGAAGGAGUUGAGAAAAUCUGGGGAGGAGGAGAGGUCUCAGGGGCAUAAGAAGACAGCGAACUUCCUGAAACAAGCUGAAACCCAGAAGCAGAGAGUCCAAUACCAGUUGGAGCAGUUGUGCCAGUUUUUAGAGCAGCAAGAGCAGCUCUUUGUGACCUGGCUGGACGAGGUGGGCCAGACCAUUAACCACGUCAGGAAGACCUAUGGCACCCAAGUGACCAGGGACGUCGCCGUUCUUGAUGAGCUGAUCGGGGAGCUGGAGGCCAAGCAGUGCCAGCCAGAAUGGGAGCUUAUGAAAGACAUCAGAGUCACCCUGCACAGGGCCAAGAUGGUGACCGACCCCGAGCUGUGGACUGCCCCCCUGGAGGUGAAAGAAAAGAUCCACCUGCUGUACCAGAGAUCAGAGUUUGUGGAGAGGAGCAUGAAGCACUUCUUGGAAACCCUGCGUUCAGGAAUGGACACGUUCAAUGUUCCGGAACUGAUUGGUGGUCAGGCACCCUGAGGCAACUGGCCCGCUGGGUGCCUGUGCUGUCUCCAGUGCACUCCAGAAGAAUGACCCUGACCAUAUUUCCUGAAUGUGGGGAGAACCCUGUGGGGAUGCGGUCCAUGGACCUCCAGCUAGGAAUUCUAAUUCUCUCCACAGUUGAUGUGAUUCUGGAAGCAGGAACUGCCCAUCCCAACCUCAUCUUUCAUCUGCUCUGACGAUGUGAAGAGUGUGAGACGUGCAAAAAAGCAGGACAGGUGGCCUGCGAAUCCAGAAAGAAUCCAGAGAUGAAUCAUGGCCCUGGGCUCUCUGAGCUUCCUCUCCAGGCACCAUUACUGGGAAGUGAAGGUGGGAGACAAGACAGGGUGGGUCCUGGGUGUCUGCAGGGCAUCCGGGAGCAGGAAGGAGAAUAUGACUCCAUCACCAGAGAAUGACUUUUGAGGAGAGAGGAGGAGGAGGAUGCAAAAUGAGUACCAGGUGUCCACUGUUCCCUGGACCCAGAUGAGGGGCCCCAGGUGUGUGGGCAUCUUCCUGGACUGCAAGAUGAGGACAUUUCCUUUGACGAUGUGACAGCCUAAUCUCACAUCUACACAUUCACUGGCUUUUUUUCCCUCUGGGCUCCUUCAACCUAUCUUCAGCCUCAAGACACAAUGGCGCGAAGAACAUGGAUCGUCUGAACAUCUUUCCAGUGGGUGGCAAGGGCCUCACUGAAUGCCCAGCACCUUGCCUCUCUCAUCAGCCUCCUGGCCCUGUGUCUUGAAUUCAUACAUGCAGCAGUCAUAAUUGAACACCUACGGGGUUCCAGCUGCUGGGGGGGGGGGGAUAAAAUGAAUAAGAGACUAUUCCUUGUGCCCAGGGACCUUAUGGAAUUAAAGGAGACGUAAGCUGGGUACACAAAUAUUGGUGAACUAAGGAUAAAGGAAAUGCAUGUACUGAGAACAUGCCAUGAAUUUCAGAGGAGGAGGUACAGGGCCAUUACUUAAUAAAAUCCUUGUAUGAAUUAGCAUCCUAACAUUUUCCACAGGCAGAGAUCCCACCCUUGUUUUCCCUCGGGACCCCAGGGCGAGGAUGUGUUUCCUCAUUCUAUCCUCCCCUGUCUUGAGGACUUGGGAAGCCUAAGGAAAAAAUCAGCAGACUGGAUUGUUAUAAUUUUGGUGCCUGGACUAAUGAACUGUGGCUGUUAAGGGUAUCGGCUGGGUCUCCUAAAUAAAUCCAUUAGAAAAUGUA